ACCAAAUAAACUUUGUUGUUAAAGGGAGAGACAGCGCUUGACCUUGCAGUUCAAACUCAGAAUCGCUCCAUGGUCUAUAUGUUAAUGGAGGAAGGAAGAAUGAGAAGCAGAAGAAAUAACAGGUUACUGAGAGUAAUGGAGAAAUACGAGCUGUUCCUGCUGCUGGCAUCUUGCUUGACUGUGAUGUGGGCCAUAGGAUACGUAAUGAACUUAAGUUCUGAUUCUUGGCUUUUGAAAGGAUGCCUGCUUCUCUUUCUGCUGGUUGGGAUGGCUCUGUUCAUGAGGCACUCUGUGGGACUCAAGAAUCUGAGGUAUCUUCCCACAGCACUGAUGCUAAGUUCCGUCUUUUGGAUGUCUGUGACGUGGUUUUUCUGGUUCAUGCCUGAUGUGACCAGUACCAUUUUUGAGAUCCCUGUCGUGUUCAGCGUAGUGGGUCUUCUUUAUUUUUUCUAUAAAACCUGGAGGACUGAUCCCGGAUGUAUUAAGUCUUCAGAAGAAGACAAAAAAGAGGUCCUCAUAAAAUGUGAUCCAAAUGCAUGCAGAAACUCUCCUGUCUUUCAGAACAUUGUAGCUCUUGCAGAAGCAGGGUGCUUGGACUUCAGAACAUUUUGCACGUCAUGUCUUGUAAGGAAGCCUUUGAGAUCUGUGCAUUGCCUUCUUUGUGACUCAUGUGUAGCCAGAUAUGAUCAGCAUUCUCUGUGGAUUGCACAGUGCAUAGCCGUUACUUGUGUUUUGCUAAGAUUGCACUCUUAGGACUGACCUCACAUGAGAGAAUGAACCUCCUGAUGCAGAGCAAAUCUUCUAAGCAUCCUGUUUCACUCAGGAGAAAUCCAUACAAGUAAGUGCUGUA